AGAUACCCGAAGAUGUUACUUGGUCGUAGGGAAAGACUUCUUGUUGGCCCCAGAGAGCAGAACUCGGAGCAGCAGAGAAAAGUUAGGUGCCUUGAGGAGCAAUGGCCACGGAAGCACCUCUGAACAUAGCCCCGUCUGAAUGCAGCCCUGCUCUGGACCCAGAAGCCACUUUCCUUUGGCAGCCAAGCCCUGUCAGCAUGCACGUCGCGAGGCCCAAGUCUGCCAAGGGACGCACACGAACAAAUCUGAGCUGCUCUCAUAGUUCGGAGGCUUCCUCGUACCGCAAGCCACCUUCCCCAGCUCCUGCAGUUCCCUGCGAAGGGCCCGGCAGCCAGAAGCCAGUGGGCUCUGCUCCCAAACGUCCCAAUCAGGGAGCUCCCGAUGACAUCCCGGAGCUGCUCCAGCAGGUCCCCAUAGGGCCCUCCUCCUCUCUCAACAAGUACCGGGUCCUCCCUUCCAUUAACAGAAAGAACCUGGAAGAGGGGGCUGUGGAUACGGUGGCCAAACAGGCCGGCACUCUCAAGCUGGGCAGCUCACAGGAGCUCAAGGCCCUUUGCCGGGAGGAGGCCCACAGCGGGAAGUCGAGGGAGGGGUGUUUGCGGGUCGCUGCCCCUCCUCUGGAGGGCAAGCCCUGCAGUAGAACCAAAGAGCACAGCUUGUCCGAGGCUGGGAACCUGGAGGAGCCAUCAGACAGAGAGCCCAGGCUGCUCCUGGCCGUCCGGUCUCCUUCGGGGCAGAGGUUCGUCCGUCAUUUCAGGCCGACCGACAGCCUCCAGACUGUUGUUGCAGUGGCCAAACAAAAGAACCUGACAACGUAUCACCACUGUAGCAUCGAAACCAUGGAGGUUCCCAGGAGGAGCUUCUCUGACCUCAGUAAGUCCCUGGAAGAGUGCAGGAUCCCUCACAAGUCUGUGCUGGGCAUCUUACAAGAAGAGCGAGAGGGCCAGCCCUGAGGCCCCGCUCGGUUUGCUGGGCUCUUGCUCCUCUGAGCACUGGGGACUUGUAGGCCAAGGAGGUCCCAGGAGGCAAAUGGGCCUGGAAUGGCCUGUGGUUCUCAGCACUUCUGUCUCCAGAGAGCCUCCUUUUGAAGUAGUAAGAUGUGUGUAUAAAUUGAGUGUGUUGUAAGACAUCUUUCCAAUUCUUUCCAAGUCUUCCCUCCAUCUCAGAGGUGAGCAGGCAAGUUAACAAAGCUGUUUGUGAAACAGCAGCUCCCAAUCUUGUUUUCUCCUGUGCUCCCCUGCCCCCAUCUCCAAGGGCAGUCCUCUUGGGAGUCCUGGUCUGUCUUUGUAGUGGAUUGCACCAGUUUGAAGUCUGUUUUGCCUUUCUGGCUUUGGCUGAGGGAAUUCUUCCUUUCCAGGGGAUUUGGGUCUAGGCCUAGGAGGGUGGGGUGCGGCAGUACCUAGGGGAAUCCUACUUAUUAUGGUAGAUGGUCAGAGAGAGGUCUCGCUCUUCUCCUUUGACUUAGCAUCCCAAGUACUCACACACUUCUAAAAAUGGCUCCUGAGACCCAAAGCAAGCUGGUUUUUCGUUGAGAAUACCUGGGUUUGGACCCCUUCUUUGGCAGCUGCUCUUUGGGGGCAGGGCUCAUUUUAGAAGCUAGCAGGUUCAUUUGCCGUGAUGCACAGUGCCUCCUCUUCAUUCCCAUUGCUUUCCCCCAGUACCUAACUCCAAAGGAAUGGGAUUGAACUGGCUGCCCCUCUCAGGGUCAUAGCCUCUAACCCACUAGGCAGGGCUCACUCACAGCCUUUAUGGUCCCACCAGACCAGUAUUUCCAUUUAAGCAGGAUGCCUCUUGGAACAGCUCUGUUCAGUUCUCUCCUUUCCCCAAGAAAGGGGAUGUUAAGCCAUUGUGCAUGUGCUAAAAACUGGUAUCUAGACUUCUGGGUGGGCAGAAGGGCAUUCACUCAACUCAGUAGCAGGAUUUGAGACUGGAGGAGGGUGUCUUGUUUUUCAUAACUACCCAAACAAAGUGAUGAAUACAGACAGUUUGCCAAAGCCCUUUUGUAUUAUAACUUGCCUUAAAACCUUACCAGUUAUUUGGAGCCUGUUUAUGGCCAAACCUCCAUUGGGAGGGAGUGUUGGGAGAGGAGCUGCAGAGGUCCCAGCUGCCAUGCUCCCACACAGAGAGCCACUUGAUCGGCUGAAACAAGGAAAGGGAGGAGUUUCUCCCCCCCUCUCCCUCCCUUCCCAGUUAGCCUCAGUACUCACCAGCACGUGACGCUGUUGAAGAGGCAGGGGUCCAGCCACAAGACGGCCUAGUAGCCCAAGGUUGCUGCUACCUCAGCACGUACUGCAUUUUGCACAAGGAUAAGGGAUGGAGUUGAAAAUUUUACUCCCAGCAAAGUGAGCUUGCAAUGAGCAAAGCUGUUUGAUAUGGAAGAUGACUUGACUUUUCUUCUCCUUAAUUGUACCCACAUACUCCAAGUAAAGCUCGGACUUUUCUUCUGAAAGCUGGACUGCAGGGUAGCAGUCUGUACCAGAACAAGCUAUUUCCAAAGGUUUCACAGGACAGUUCCAGCUUACUUAAUGUGAGGGACAGUUCUUAACCUAUCAGAUGGAAAUGUGGGCUUGAGCCUAAUGGACCUUGUCUAGGCCUACACACUUGGGCCUUCUCUUCUAAUAUCUCCCUGGAGAGGCAUGAUCUAAGUAAUGCUGGCAGCCCCUGGCUCUGGCUUCCAGAGACCAGGUCCUUCUUGGCUCACCAGGGAUCAGACGCAUCCUUCUGCCGGAGAACAGCCGCCUAUCAGGCUCCCAUCACACCUCCUCAGUGGUAAGAACAAAGUCCCGCCCACCUGCGGCGCAGUGCUUCCUCCAGGCAAGAAAGCUCCGGCAAACUUGAGGGAAAGCACCAGGAUGUCAUCUGUCACCAAGGCCGCUUGGCAACAUCGUCCUGGGCUGAUGAAAGAGGUGCAGGAGACAGAAUUCAGACAGCCCUUCCCCAGGCGUGCUGGAGAUGUGAAGUUAUAUUGGAACCAUUUCAAUAAACUUUUUUAAAAAUUUUAAAUAAAA